AUCGCCGAUGGCCAUGGCUUCCACCUUCAUCAACCCUAAUUUCUCUUCCAUCUCCAUCUCCUCCUCCUCCUCCUUCGCUCCCAGACUCUACUCCCUCUUCCCCUCCUCUCGCCAUACCCCAACAUCAUCAUCAUCAUCAUCAUCCACCUUCCCUCGCUUCUCUUCCCAAUCUCCCCCAUCGCCACAACCACCCUGCUCCGCCAUCCGAUGCUCCGCCGCCGCUCCCCCUCCCUCCCCCUCCCGCCGCCCUCCGUACAUCCCCAACCGCAUCCCCGACCCCAACUACGUCCGCAUCUUCGACACCACCCUCCGCGACGGCGAGCAGUCCCCCGGCGCCACCAUGACCUCCAAGGAGAAGCUCGACAUCGCCCGCCAGCUCGCCAAGCUCGGCGUCGACGUCAUCGAGGCCGGCUUCCCCACCUCCUCCAAGGACGACUUCGAGGCCGUCAAGGCCAUCGCCCUCGAGGUCGGUAACGCCGUCGACGCCCAUGGCUACGUCCCCGUCGUUUGCGGCCUCUCCAGGUGCAACGAGAAGGACAUCAGGACCGCUUGGGAGGCCGUCCGCUACGCCAAGCGGCCGAGGAUACACACCUUCAUCGCCACCAGUGGGAUCCACAUGGAGCAUAAGCUGAAGAUGAGCAAGGAAAAGGUUCUCGACAUUGCCAGGAGGAUGGUGGCCUUCGCCCGGAGCUUGGGCUGCGAUGAUGUCGAGUUCAGCCCUGAGGAUGCUGGCAGAUCGGAGAGGGAGUUUCUCUAUGAAGUUCUGGGUGAAGUUAUCAAGGCAGGUGCCACAACUCUCAACAUACCCGACACUGUGGGUUAUACUAUUCCUGAAGAGUUUGGUAAACUGAUAGCUGACAUAAAAGCGAAUACCCCUGGAAUAGAAAAUGUUAUCAUUUCCACACACUGCCAAAAUGAUCUUGGUCUUUCAACAGCCAACACCAUAGCGGGCGCAUGUGCUGGGGCAAGACAAGUGGAAGUAACAAUUAAUGGCAUUGGUGAAAGAGCUGGAAAUGCUUCUUUGGAAGAGGUGGUAAUGGCCUUAAAAUGCAGAGGGCAGCACGUAAUGGGAGGUCUUUACACAGGAAUCAAUACUCAUCAUAUUGUCAUGACUAGCAUAAUGGUAGAAGAGUACUCGGGCUUGCAUGUACAACCUCAUAAAGCUAUUGUUGGAGCUAAUGCCUUUGCUCAUGAAAGUGGCAUCCAUCAGAAAACUUUACAGCAAGGAAGAUUGCCAAAUGCGUCCAUUUUGUUGGUCGCUGCUCAAAAUGACGGAAUGCUGAAACACCCAAGUACAUAUGAAAUUAUAUCUCCUGAAGAUAUUGGACUCGAGCGAUCCAAUGAGGCGGGCAUUGUCCUUGGAAAAUUGAGUGGGCGCCAUGCUUUGAAAAAUAAACUUCACGAGCUUGGUUAUGAUAUUGAUGGUGAACAACUGGACAAUAUCUUCUGGCGGUUUAAGGCAGUAGCUGAGCAGAAAAAGAGAGUUGCUGAUGCUGACAUAAGAGCCCUGGUAUCAGAUGAAGUUUUUCAACCAACGGUUGUAUGGAAGCUUCAUGAUUUACAGGUUACAUGUGGUACUCUUGGUCUGUCGACGGCAACUGUGAAACUUAUUGGUGCUGAUGGGAAAGAGCAUAUUGCUUGUUCUGUCGGUACUGGACCUGUGGAUUCAGCAUACAAGGCUGUUGAUCUAAUUGUUAAGGUACCUGCAGCGCUUCUUGAGUACUCCAUGAACGCUGUCACAGAGGGCAUUGAUGCAAUAGCCACAACCCGAGUUUUGAUCCGUGGCGAAAACAAUCACACAUCUACACAUGCUUUAACUGGGGAGACUGUACACAGAACCUUCAGUGGUACUGGGGCGGGCAUGGAUAUUGUCGUUUCAAGUGUGAGGGCCUAUGUUGGUGCAUUGAACAAGAUGUUAAGUUUCGUGGAGCAGACUCCGUCAGAGGUUCCUGCAGAGAGAACCCCAGUGUCCGUGUAAACAUGCCUGACGAUUGGUUGUUGCAUCUUCCAUAUGACUGGUGACAACACGAUGAGCUUUUGGGUCUUCUCCAUGCAUCCCUGGCCAAAGGUCUUCACAAAUCUAUCUAUUAAGGGUUAAUAUUUUCAAAAACUUCGUUCCCAAGAAGCAGUGAAGAAAAGUCAUUCCUUUGUUGGUGAGUUAGUCUGAACUUCUUGAGCAUAUGUCUGAGGAGUGUGUAAGUAGUCUUUUACAGACUAGACAUAAGUUGGUGUGUCCAAGUUAGUAAGCUGUUUAGAUGUGCCAAUACGUCUUAGUUUCCUUGUUCCCCUUUUCUGUAAGGAUUGGAUUUUUAACUUGUUUUCGAAGUUCUCCUAAGUGUUUUUUCUUUUACCUGCAAUAUUUUACAGAGUAGUGUUGCGUUUGUUGCAUUUAAGAGAACCUUUUCAUCAUUAUUAGAUGUGCAAUUCCAAAACUACUCUCU